GUGACUGGCCGGAAUAAAUCCAUUUCUACAUUUAGUAGUCGCAAAAGUAAUUUUACGUUGAUCAGACGAUCUUAACUCCGUGGACCCGAUAAUUGUCUUCAUUUAUUUUCUCUUUCACAAAACUAAGAUGAAUCAUUAUUGCAAACGGUUUAGUUCCGUCUCGAUUCUUGUGGCUUUAUUCGCAUUUUUCGUCAAUGGUACAGUGAAGAGUGAAAAUGGUACAGAUAGAAAUUUAGAUAUUUGGUCCUCGUUGCUGGAACAAUACACGAUUGAACUACCACCCGAACAAACACGACAGGGUAAAUACCUUCAAAAACAAUUUUCACCGAAUCGACGAGUAUACAUUACCAGACGAAUUGGUGAAGCAUACGAGCCGAAUAUUGUUCGUCCUACCAUUCCAUACCAAGAAAUGCAACCACCACCACUCACAAGAACGCGCCCAGCGCCUCCGCCACAAAUAGUGAAACGAAUUGACAAUAACCCGACGAAGCCAGUAGACUUUCGACCUGGUAAUGGACGACUACAAGCCACCGAAAUUUCCGAAACGGAUUUGUAUCUGCUCGGGGCUAUUGAAAAACUGGUGUAUCGAGUUGACUAUUUGGAGAAGCGGCUGAAGAAAACGGAUGAACUAGUUCUGUACUUAAUGGAAAAACAACAUCAAUUUGAGCAAGCUUCCACAACACAGCACCAACAAAAUCAAGCAGCUUCUAAACCAAUUCACGGCCCGCCUGUUGUGAUCAAUGCGACACAGCAAUUUCUAAGUGAAAAGGAAUCAAUAUGCCAUGAUAGUAAUUCGACUCGAAUUGGCGACAACUGUUAUCUUAUUGUACAUACGCCGAGUACAGACUGGCAAUCGGCAAAUGCUAUGUGCAAAUCAAAGUCUCGUGGCAGUCAACUGUUGGAAUUCGAUUCCUACAAAGAAUACUACGAUGUUGGUCUAUUUUUGAAGAACAACAAAAAACACAAAAAAUACAAUUACUGGCUAGCCGGCCUAAAUCCAGGCUUGUUGUGGAUCUGGUCCAGUUCCGCGAAGCCUGUGAAUUCAUUUAAAAAUGAAUUACAAACGGAAAAAUAUGAUGCCAUCACCGUUGAUAGCAAGGACACAAAUAUGACGGAUAUUCAAGGUUCCGGCCGUUGUUUAAGCUAUUCGUUUAACAGCACAUCAAAGACGUACAUUUAUUACGGUCAAAAUUGUAAUCUGAAAAUGGGAUACUUGUGCAAAGUUUUCGAUCUGACUGUGGAGAAUGAAAUUUCUCGACUUGCUAAAAGUCUUAGUGGGAAGCUGUGAUCCGGAACCGAGGACAGAAAAGACUUAUUAUGUAUAGUAUCAGUUGUAUGAUUUAAUCUUUCAGAAAUGGCUGUUAUCGUCAAUUGCCAGUGUUGUAACAAAGUGCCUGUUUAUACUAUAGUGAUUGGCGAUACUUUAGACAAAGGAAGUAAUAGAUCUAAUAUGGCGAUACGUGUGGCGUUUGUGAAAGGUUAAAGGGAACGUGUUAUUGAACGGAUCCGUUGAAUCUUGAUUACAAGAAAUAUAUUUAUUUGAAACAAAAGAACUCAAUGUUUGAAUGAUUCAAUAAGGUCUUUUCAUGGAAAGGUGUUGAGUAGGUGGAA